GAGGAGGUCUUUAAAAAAAAACAUUUAAGGGGCUUCCCUUCAAAGGAGAAGAAAUGAAACAUAUCAAUUCACAUUGCUUGCAAUUUGCCUCCUCCGUAGAGCAUCAACCAUAAAAUUUCCCUCCCUAAUUCAAAUUCAAACAAUAAUGUCCUUCUCAAUCAAAAGAACAAAACCCAUAUCGCCUCAAACUUCAACCUUACUCCAUUUGCUUCUACCUCGUUCCUCUCUCUCCUCUUCAGCCCUCUCUCAAUCCAAUCCCAACCUCUACCACCAUUACUCCUCCAUCCUCCAAUCCCUGACCACCCUCAAACCCCCUUCUUCCUCCUCCAUAAAACAACUCCAUGCUCGCCUUCUCCUCUCUGGCUUCGGCUCCGAUACCCAUCUCGGCACCAAACUCAUUAACCUCUACUCAACAACCCACAAUCUCCACUACGCCCUGCAGCUGUUCGACAAAAUUCCCAAACGGAAUCUCUUCGUAUGGAACAUCCUCAUCCGGGCCUAUGCCUGGCACGGCCCGUAUCAAACUGCAAUAGACCUUUAUAAUGGGUUGAUAGAUUAUGGGCUCGUGCCUGAUAACUUCACGUUCCCGUUUGUCCUUAAGGCUUGCUCGGCGUUGUCGGCGCUCGAAACGGGUCGGGCGGUUCAUGACAUGGCGAUUAGGACCCGUUGGGUUUCGGAUGUGUUUGUGGGUGCAGGGCUUAUUGACAUGUAUGCGAAGUGUGGGUGUGUGGAUGAUGCUAGGAUAGUGUUUGAUGGGGUUUCGGGUAGAGAUGUCGUGGUUUGGAAUUCGAUGAUAGGGGCUUAUUCACAAAAUGGCCGUCCCUUGGAGGCACUGGUUUUGUUUAGAGAAAUGGUGGGUGAUGGGUUUAGGCCGACGGUCGCGACGCUAGUUACUGUGGUCUCUGCAGUGGCGGAUUCUUCGAAUUUGAAAAGAGGGAGGGAGAUUCACGGGUUUAGCUGGCGACGGGGUUUUGGGGGCAAUGAUAAUGUGAAGACUUCGCUCGUUGAUAUGUAUGCAAAGAGUGGCUGGGUGAAAGCAGCGAGGGAUGUCUUUGAGAAGUUGGCGGAGAAAAAGAUUGUUUCUUGGAAUGCAAUGAUCUGUGGGCUCGCUAUGCACGGUCAUGCUGAUGAAGCACUUGAUUUGUUUGAUGAGAUGAAAGAGGAAGGCCGGGUUAUUCCUGAUCAUAUUACCUUCGUUGGGGUGUUAUCGGCUUGCAGCAAUGGCGGAUUACUAGAAGAGGGUCGCAAGUUAUUUGAUUUGUUGGUGUCGAGUUACUCCAUUGAGCCGACUGUUCAGCAUUAUACUUGUAUGAUUGAUCUUCUAGGGCAUUCAGGUGAAUUGGAGGAGGCAUAUGAACUUAUUCAAAGAAUGCCAAUGAGGCCAGAUGCUGGGGUUUGGGGUGCUUUACUCAAUGCAUGCAAAAUUCACCGAAAUGUUGAAUUAGGAGAAGUAGCAUUGGAAAAGUUGAUUGAACUGGAACCAAAUGAUGCAGGGAAUUAUGUGCUUCUAUCGAACAUCUAUGCACAAGUUGGAAAAUGGGAAGGAGCAGCAAAGGUGAGGAAGUUGAUGACAGAGAGAGGAUUGAAGAAGGACAUUGCUUGUAGUUGGAUUGAGGUCAAGAACAAAGUCUAUGCUUUCCUUGUUGGGGAUCAAUCUCAUCCCUGUUCAGAAGAAAUAUAUCGAGAGUUGGAUAGAUUGGAAGGGCUAAUGGAAGAAGCAGGCUAUGUUGUUGAUACUGUGCCAGUCUUCCAUGAUGUAGAUGAUGACGAGAAGAAGAACAUGGUUAGGGUGCACAGUGAGAGGUUGGCUAUUGCCUUUGGAAUAAUUAGUACACCUCCAGGGACGAAGCUUCUGGUGACGAAGAAUUUAAGGGUAUGCGAAGAUUGUCAUGGUGCCAUCAAGUUCAUGUCAAAGAUUGUGGAGCGGGAGAUCAUCAUAAGAGAUGUUAAUCGGUAUCAUCACUUCAAAGAUGGUCAGUGUUCUUGUCAUGAUUAUUGGUAAGAUAUAACUAAUGCUCAGUUGGUGACAAAAUAUGUUCUUACAGUCUAGAUAUUUGUUAGAGGACACAAUUAUUCUCAUAGAGGCUGUAUAGAUGGAAGCAAAGGUAUUUGAGGCAAAGAUCAUUAGUUGCAGCAUGGUGGCACUCUGAUGAUGAUGAUGCACGAUUGAAAUGAGGGUUCUCAAUUA